AUGGCAACUAACUAUGCUAUAUGUCUUCUAGGAGCCAUGGAUCGUCUUUGGUUUCACCAAAUUAUUCUUUUCUCAGAACCCUCUUCUCUACUUUUCCCAAAACCCCCCAAAGAAACCGUUUCUACCCCUCAACCACUUGCCUAUUCAUCAUCAAGCAACUCUAAACCAACCAUAGUAAUUCGAGACAAAGAAAUCCCAUCAGUUACAUCCGCAAUCCUCCUUCCUGAUCAGGGUGACCACAACAUUGAAGAUAGGGAGGACAGUAAGGAAAGACCCACGAGGUUGAGUGACUUCACUGACUUGAGUCCCAUCACUAGUAAAACUCGCUCUAGUUCAUCAUCACCAUCAACUCAAAAACGAUCUAGAAAAUUCAGACACUCAGGUGCAGUGACGAGGUUGCAGAAAACCAUGAGCUGCAAGAGCUUGUGGGAGCUUGAACUCGAAGAAGUUCAUGGUUUCAUGGAUUUAGGGUUCAUAUUCAAGAAAGAGAAUAUUACUUCAAGGAUGAUGAGCGUAGUCCCCGGCUUGCAAAGACUCGGAGGGAUCAAAGAUGAACAAAAAACCCUCGACAUCGAUGGUAACGAAGCGGAUAAUUAUGAUGACAUUGAAGAGGAAGAAGAAGAAGAAGAUGGAGAGGAGAGAGGCGUAAUGAGGCCAUAUUUAUCAGAGGCAUGGCUUAUCAGGAGACCUGAUUCGCCACUGCUAAACUUCAGAAUACCAAGAGUCACUACAGCUGCAGAGAUGAAGAAACAUAUUAGGUAUUGGGCAAGAACUGUUGCGUCUGUAAUUCAGCAAGAAUCUUAA